AUGCAAAACCUCGAUGAAGUGGACCUCUGUUUCCCACAACUCCUCAACGCCUCCUGCAGGAAGACGGCAUUGCCUCCGGCUGUGUCCAUGAUCACUUACAUCAUGCUGACGUUCAUCGGUCUGCUCACUGUGAUUCUCAACCUGCUCGUCAUUGUUUCCAUCUCCCACUUCAGGAAACUCCACACCCCCACCAAUAUCCUCCUCCUUUCUCUGGGUAGCUCAGAUUUUCUCGUGGGCUUCCUUAUUUUCAUUCAAACCUCAGCGAUAGACGGUUGCUGGUUCCUCGGUGACUUUAUGUGUAUUGUGUAUUACGUGCUGGAAUACAUCAUCGCCUCUUCCUCGAUAGGAACCAUGGUCCUCAUAUCAGUCGAUCGCUAUGUGGCUAUUUGUGACCCAAUGCGUUACCGAACCAAAGUCUCUGAAAAACGAGUUAAGAUGUGUGUUUGUGCUUGUUGGGGGUGUGCGACCCUCUGUCACUGUGUGCUGCUGAGGCACAACCUGAAACACCCAGGCAGCCUGAAUUCCUGCAUCGGAGAGUGUGUCAUUCUAAUCAAUAACAUCUCUUCAAUCAUAGACAUUACUGUGUCCUUUAUUGGUCCUGUCAUUGUCGUCAUCGUCCUUUAUCUCAGAGUCUUUGUGGCGGUCAUCAUUCAGGUCCGUGCCAUGCGAGUGCGCACGGCAGCCGGUCCUCAACAGAGCUCAGUGAAAGUAAAGAAAUCAGAAAUGAAAGCGGCGCGGACUCUUGGCGUUGUUAUUGUUGUGUUUUUAUUAUGCGUCUUCCCGUUUUUUAGUGGUACGGUGACAGGUGUGGACAUCAUGCUCAGUGCAUCCAGUGAUGCAUUUAUUAUACUUCUGAUCUACUUUAACUCCUGUUUAAACCCACUGAUAUAUGCCUUUUUCUACCCCUGGUUUCGAAAAUCUAUCAAACUAAUUUUUACACUUCAAAUACUAAAGCCCGGCUCCUCUGACUUUAAAUUGUAAAGAUAGCAGAGCUGGUGAGUAGUUUUUUAAUAAUGUAGGGAUCCUACACUGCAAUAGAGAAAAUCAGUGAACAGAGUAAAGUCUAGACAUAAAUUGUCCAUCAAUUGUCUGCUAGGUGGACUAUAGAAUCUCUUCUGCAUCUCCCUGCAUCAUAUUUGUCACAUAUUGUGUACAGAAUAUGUUAUAAAUAUUGCACAAGUCAAUUCCCAUACAUUUUCUGCCCCUAAAUGUCAAUUUUCCCAUCUCAUUUAUGCUUUUAUCACUGCAUUUUAGCUUUUUUAACAUUCUGUACAUGCACCAUGACUCUCUGUGACCAAGCUGUUAUUUAAAUAGUUGUUUUUGUUCUGUGUUUGUUUCUCCAAGAUAUGACUCAGCAAAAUGUGUUAGGGUCAUUGAUAAUCUCUUUUUAAGGAUUUGUUCUUGAUGAAUUUUGGAAAGCUGGUGUUUGUGUAAAUUAAUAUUAGGUACCUUUGUUUUUUGUUCUCUGGGGAAAUGUUGAAAUUAAAAGUUGCUGUCACUGAAAUACAUUUGUUAUGAUGUGUGCCAAAUCUAUGUUUUUGGCUUCUAUCACUGAGCUAUAACAGUUGUUUUCAAAGAAUAAAAACUGACACUCACAUUCACGCAUGAAAUUAUGACCCAAACUGUUUAAACUCAUGUUUAUUUCACAUGUACCUUCAUGCAAGAGCUAAGUGAUAUGGACUGGAAUUAAUAUCCUGUUUUCUUUAAGUCAAUAGGUGAUAAACGAUGUUGGUUUUUUAUACGAAAUGUGCUUUAAAUGUCUAGUUUUCACUUUAUUUUAUGUAUUUUGCACAG